AUGGCGCCCAACGAGUCAGAGAUCCUCACCAACUACCUCCUCCAACCGGCACCCCUCACCGCCAUCAUCACCUUUGAGCAGUUCCGCGCCUCCUUCCCGCGGCCGCUCCAGUCCUCCCCGCAAGUGCGCGCCCUCUUCCGCGACCUGCAGGCCCGGCGCAACGCCGUCGUCGAUGCCGUGGCCGCCAACAUCGCCGCCGAGGCGAAGCGCGGGGCCGCCAUGCGCCGCGAGGUGCUCCGUCUGCGGCGCGAAGCCGAGCACGACGACGUCGACGGCGAGAUUGAGAUGGAGAGGGCCCUCUUCGGGGACGAGAGCGGCGCAAAGAGGGCACGGCACACGCUCCCCUCGGUCGUGCCGGAGCUUGAUGGCGCGGCGGGCGCGCUCGAGGCAGAGAUCAAGCAGCUCGAGGAGGAAGAGCUCGCGCUGCUCGACUCUAUCCGGCAGACAGUCGGCGGUCUGAGCGAUCUCCGCUACGGUAAGCUCGCAAACGGGCAGCUGAGAGACGAGGUCUUGGACGGGCUCAAGUCGCUGCAGGCCGCCUGCGACGCCAAGUCUUGA